UACACGCCGCUGUGUGCGGCUGGCAUUGGCACAUGCGGCUUUGCAGAGAGCGGGCAGAUGCAGUGGCCCCGUUAUCAGAGGGACAUUGGUAUGCAAGCGGGCCCGGGGCCGGUUCUCCGCGUUAGCCGGGGUCCCAGUCUGUCCACGCCGCCGGGAAGCAGCCGCCGUGGAACAGUAAGAGGCAGCGCCGAGCGGCCGCGCCGGGCCACGAUGCCCCUGAGUUGGAUACUGCUGCUGUUGCUGCUGCUGCUGCCGGAGGCGGCGGAGGCCAAGGCAUCCCGGGACCCGCACUGCCCCGCCACCUGCUCGUGUACCAGCGACAGCGCUCUGUGCAUCGCCUCCAGGUCUAUCCCACACGGCUUCGCCGGAGACCUCAUCUCCCUGACCUUUGUGAAGGCGAAGUUCAGACUGAUUCCUGAGCGUGCGUUUUCCCACAUCUCCACGCUACAAUUCCUCUUGCUGAACUCAAACACCUUCACCAUGAUUGGAGAUGAUGCGUUCAAUGGCUUGUCCCACCUGCAGUAUCUGUUCAUUGAGAACAACAACAUCCAAGCUCUCUCCAAGCACACGUUCCGGGGCCUCAAGUCAUUGAAUCACCUAUCAUUGGGCAACAACAAUCUGCCCACACUUCCCCGAGACCUCUUUGCGAACCUUCAGGUCUUGAUACAUUUAGAUAUCCGUGGGAACGCUUUCCAUUGUGACUGUAAAAUGAAAUGGCUGGUGGAGUGGCUGCAGACAACCAACACCUCAGUCCCUCCGUCGUACUGCACCAGCCCAACCAAGUAUCAGGGACACACCAUCAACAACCUGCCUCUCCACCAGUUUGACUGCAUCACCACAGAGUUCACGAUACAUCAAACACUACCAUUCCAGUCUAUCUCAGCUGAAUCGUUUAUAUAUGCCGAUGAUCUUUUCAUAACAUUUGCCCAGGCCAAUAAUGGCAACUGUACCUUUCUGAUGUGGGAUCACGUUGAAAUGGUCUUCAGGAAAUCUGAAAAUAUCUCUGCCCGUGCAGCCGUGCACUGCAAGCCGCUGGUGAUUGAGGACAAGCUGUACGUCAUCGUGGCCCAGCUCUUCCACGGCUCCCACAUCUACCAGUGGGACGACUACGGAGGGAAGUUCAUCAAAAUCCAGGACAUUGACGGCAGCAAGAUCCGCAAGCCCAACGAUGUGGAGACGUUCCGGAUGGAUGGAGACUGGUACUUCAUCGUGGCCGACAGCUCCAAGGCCGGAGCCACCACCGUGUACAAGUGGAACAAGGGCGGCUUCUACACGCACCACUCGCUGCACGCCUGGCACCGCGAUACCGAUGUGGAGUACGUGGAGAUGGACAACAAGCACCGGCUGGUGGUGUGCAGCAGCACACAGGGCCCAGUGGUGUAUCAGUGGAACAAAGCCCAGCGGCAGUUCAUCCCGCAUGCCGAGAUCCCCAACAUGCUGGAUGUUCACGCUGUCCGUCACUUCAAGCUGAAGAAGGUGGUGUUCCUGUGCCUGGCCCGCUUCAUCGGUGACUCCGCCGUGGUGAGGUGGGAACACCAGCGCUUCACCGAGAUACAGGCCCUGCCGUCCAGGGGCACCAUGGUGCUGCAGCCCUUCAGCGUAGCUCACUGGCACUACCUGCUGCUGGGCUGUGACUUCUCCUUCUCCCAUGUGUACCAGUGGGACCAGGACAAGCUGACCUUCGCCAAGGUGCACGAGUGGAGCGUGCGGGCACCGCGAGCCUUCCAGCUGGUCCACACCGACGACAUGAGCCUGGUGCUGGCCGCCAGCUUCAAAGGCAGCACCGUGGUCUACCGGCACCGUGUGGUGGACACCAGUGCCUAGAGCACCACCACCGUGCGAGCGAGGAGAUGCCCUGCUGUGUGUCCCAGCAACAAACACUGUCACCCCACCUACAGUAUCCCAACACCAACCAC